UGUCCAGCACGUUGAAUAUGAAAGAUGUGGAAAUGUUUAAAAAAUAUGAAAAACACCUAGACGGACACGACAAAUUUGUAAGAUGUAACAGCGGUUUGCAACUUGUCGACAUCUCGUCAGUCCUACUUUUGCUCAUAUUACACCGGUGUGUUCAUGGGCCCAUGCUGACUCAGAUUUUGAUUUGAUAUCAGGGGUUGCACAGUAACAUGUCUCGCACGUUGAAUAUGAAAGAUGUGGAAAUGUUUAAAAAAUAUGAAAAACACCUAGACGUGCCGACAAAUUUGUAAGAUCGAACAGCGGUUUGCAACUUGCCGACAUCUCGUCAGUCCUAUUUUGGCUCAUAUUACACCGGUGUGUUCAUGGGCCCAUGCUGACUCAGAUUUUGAUUCGAUAUCAGGGGUUGCACACUAACAUGUCUCGCACGUUGAAUAUGAAAGAUGUGGAAAUGUUUAAAAAAUAUGAAAAACACCUAGACGUGCCGACAAAUUUGUAAGAUCGAACAGCGGUUUACAACUUGUCGACAUCUCGUCAGUCCUAUUUUGGCUCAUAUUACACCGGUGUGUUCAUGGGCCCAUGCUGACUAAGAUUUGGAUUCGAUAUCAGGGGUUGCACACUAACAUGUCCAGCACGUUGAAUAUGAAAGAUGUGGAAAUGUUUAAAAAAUAUGGAAAAUACCUAGACGUGCACGACAAAUUUGUAAGAUGGAGCAGCAGUUUCCAAUUAUGGACGGUAAUUAUGACUCUAUUGCGGCAUCUUUUGACGAGAGACGGAACCCUAGUUCACAGACGUGGACUAAUGCCCAGAGGAGUGUUCAGAAGGAGGAUGACCUGCUACGUGUGGCGUGUUGGCUCGGCAUCUUUUGACGAGAGACGGAACCCUAGUUCACAGACGUGGACUAAUGCCCAGAGGAGUGUUCAAAGCGAGGAUGACGUACUACGUGUUGGCUCGGCAUCUUUUGACGAGAGACGGAACCCUAGUUCACAGACGUGGACUAAUGCCCUGAGGAGUGUUCAAAGCGAGGAUGACGUACUACGUGUUGGCUCGGCAUCUUUUGACGAGAGACGGAACCCUAGUUCACAGACGUGGACUAAUGCCCUGAGGAGUGUUCAAAGCGAGGAUGACGUACUACGUGUUGGCUCGGCAUCUUUUGACGAGAGACGGAACCCUAGUUCACAGACGUGGACUAAUGCCCUGAGGAGUGUUCAAAGCGAGGAUGACGUACUACGUGUUGGCUCGGCAUCUUUUGACGAGAGACGGAACCCUAGUUCACAGACGUGGACUAAUGCCCUGAGGAGUGUUCAAAGCGAGGAUGACGUACUACGUGUUGGCUCGGCAUCUUUUGACGAGAGACGGAACCCUAGUUCACAGACGUGGACUAAUGCCCUGAGGAGUGUUCAAAGCGAGGAUGACGUACUACGUGUUGGCUCGGCAUCUUUUGACGAGAGACGGAACCCUAGUUCACAGACGUGGACUAAUGCCCUGAGGAGUGUUCAAAGCGAGGAUGACGUACUACGUGUUGGCUCGGCAUCUUUUGACGAGAGACGGAACCCUAGUUCACAGACGUGGACUAAUGCCCUGAGGAGUGUUCAAAGCGAGGAUGACGUACUACGUGUUGGCUCGGCAUCUUUUGACGAGAGACGGAACCCUAGUUCACAGACGUGGACUAAUGCCCUGAGGAGUGUUCAAAGCGAGGAUGACGUACUACGUGUUGGCUCGGCAUCUUUUGACGAGAGACGGAACCCUAGUUCACAGACGUGGACUAAUGCCCUGAGGAGUGUUCAAAGCGAGGAUGACGUACUACGUGUUGGCUCGGUAAGUGUCUCGUGUUCAUAUUUAUGGCGGGCGUCGUUAGAGAUCCUGCGUUAGAACGUAUUCGUGAUUAGAGAUGUGGUGUUAGCAAUGGCGGAGAGUGUUCAUAUUUACGACGGGUGUCUGGGAGGGGGGGCAGGCGGCGGGUUUUACCGAAAAAAAUAG